UAUUAUGGCAACACUCAUAUAAAAUGUCACCACGUCUCAAAAUAUCGAGCUAUGUUGUUGAGAGGCUAUCUAAGAUUAACGCUGAUGAAACCAUAGGAUGUCUCUACGGGCUUAUGUACGAUGGCACUUUACUCGUCGUAGGAUUGAGCAUAGAAUCGUUUGAAUCUGAGAAAAACACAUACAAUCAACUGUUACUGAACCUUCCAGCUGAGAUAGAACUAUGUGGUGUUAUAAAAUUUGGAGAACCCUUGACGAUGGAGUCGAAAUUAAGAGAAAUCCUCCAGGAUGUGGAUAUAACUGAUAACCCAUUGGUGAUCAUAAUAAAUGAGAAGAAAGAAAUGAAAGCACACUUUUUGGUCCAUGAUAAGUUUGAGGAAACCAAAUAUGAAGUUCUGGAAGCCAGUGACUUGUGGAAGCAAUUCCUUCAUGUGCGCCUGAAUACUAUUCUGCCUCUGAGUUGUGAAGCAACUAUAACAGGGGUGAAAAAUAUUCUGCAAAGUAAAAGGAAAAAGAUAGCAUCAGGCCAAGUGUCAUUCCAUAUUGAUAGUACAUCAGUUUAUUUAUUUGGAGAAGCUGCUGAUGUUGGCUUGACUGGCACUAGUGUGGAAGCUACAAUUGGUGAAUUAGUUGAUUCAAUGAAUCCUGAACAACCGUCUAAAAAGAAGAAACAACACUCUAAUAUUGUGUUUUUUCAAAAAAAGAAAUUCAAGGAAAUGGACCUGGAUCUCACCUUGUGGAAGAUACACGAACGAAAUAGACUAUAUAAUGACAAAUAA